AUGCUGCUAAUUGUUGGCGAAGCAGUUUACGUUGCGGGCAGUGGGGCAGUGACAAAUCGCUCGGCAGCCACCCAAUCAUUGACACUAUCGCAGAGCUACCACCAAGACAAUGCCACCAGCAGUCCAGGAGGCCACCCCACGACAAGCUCAUCCACAGCCAAUGCAUUUGCCCAGCAGGAGGAUGCUGUGCUGCUGGACGAGGACGAGGAGGAGGACCAGGAGCCGCAUGCACUGACCAUUUCACGACCACCGCGGGCUGGUCGCAGCGAGCGGCAGGCGAUGGAGGAGGAUCAAGUCGACCGCUGCCGGCUCUUCGUCGAGGGAGAUCCAACCAAGAACGAGCUGUACAGCCCCGAGUAUCCCAAUCUGUAUCCGAAGAACAUCAACUGCACGCGAGUGAUAACAGCGCCGAAGGGACAAAUCAUACGCCUGGACUUUCGCAACUCGUUUAAUAUCGAGGCCAAGGAGGAGUGCAAAUUUGAUUUUCUCGAAAUACGCGACGGACAGUACGGCUUCUCCACGCUGAUUGGCAAGUACUGUGGCACCGAUUUCCCCCCGGAAAUCACCUCCAAGGAGCGCUAUCUGUGGUUGCACUUUCACUCGGACGAGACCAUCGAGUACACCGGCUUCAGUGCCGUUUACGAGUACCUCGAUCGGAACCGCGAGGCCCCCAGCACCGACCUCAACUGCACCAUCGAGAAGGAUGGCUACGAGGGGUUCAUCAACUCCACGGAUGUUCCGGCGGACAUUAGGGAGCAGGUCAUCCGCAACAAGAUAGCCCUGGACUGCAUUUGGCGCAUUCAGGUCAAAGAGAACUGGAAGAUUUUCCUCAAGUUUUUGGACUUUAAACUGAGCAAGCCGAACGAUUGCGAGACCAACUUUCUGGACAUAUUCCCCGAGCAAACAGUGAUGCCAUUGAGAGUGAAAAACUUUUGCGGGUCGGCGGGCGAGAGCAUUACGGCGGAAUCAAACAUUUUGCACUUGCGUUUCUACGCAGAUCAAAUCGCUAUUAAUUCGACAUUCGGCAUUCUGUACACCGCGUUUCGGGACCGUGGAGCUGCCUGCACCGAGGACGAAUACGAUUGCGAGGACGCGACCUGCAUAUCAAAGGAUUUGGAAUGUAAUGGCCUAGACAAUUGUAAAUUUCGAUGGGAUGAGGAGAGCUGUACGGGCGAAACGGCUGGUCAAUCGGAGCAUGUGGUAAUCAUUGUGAUUGUGUUUGGCCUGAUACUUGGCGGAAUGGUCAUUACGUUCAUCGUCAAUUGCAUACGCAAGAUAAUACGUGAUCAGAAGAUAAUUCGCGAACACAUCCGGGAGUCGAAGGAGAGCAAACUGGACGAGAUGGGUCGCAAUUCAAAGGCGCGUUCGCGCGAGAACAUAUCAAGGCAAAAGCAUUCGCAGACCUCACUGCAAAUACUGGAUGAUGUCUCGAACCGCUACUAUCGAGAGGCAGUGCCCAUAUCGACACAGUCGAGCAAAGCCGAUUUCAAGGAGAAGGAGCACAGCAUUCUGCGACGCCACCCGGACAUGACCCAAACGAGUCUAUGCGGCAUUGGGGUUGGGGUGGGGGUUGGGGUUGGCAUUGGCGAUGAUGGUGAGUCGAGCUCGACCACAACGGCCACGCACACGCACGAGAUGAUGACAAAGGCGGCCAUGUCGGCGGCACCAGUUAAUGCCUGCGAUAUGGGCUGUCAAACGAGGGAAUCACUGUUCGUCAACAGCCCCGGAAUCGGACCCGGGGCGGGUUCUGGUGUUGGCUUUGGUGUUGGAGGCGGCGGCGGCGGCGGCGGCGGCGGCGGGGGCAUCGGCAUUGCCACGCUAAUGAGACAAAAGUCCAGCUCGUCCUCGCUGGGUGGUGGCAGCGUUGCGGGCGGUAUGAUGCCGCCGCCUCCACCACGGUUCUUCUCCACUUUCGGCUACGAGCCGGCGCCCCACGGCCAAGGAUCACCAUCGCUGCCGCAGUCCACUCCGCCACCGCCGGUGGUGGGGACACUGACACGACGCAGCAUGCAGCAUCAGCAACAGCAACAGCAGCAGAUGCAGCAGCAAAUGCAUCCCGAGUCGCUAGAGCUGGAGGAGCGACAUAGCGGCCGUUCGCAUUACGGCGGUCUUAUGGUGACCUCAACAGCCAAGCAGCCACAGGAGAUCUGUCACCACCACCACCAGCACCAGCAGCACCAGCAGCAACAACAACAUCAUCCACAACUCCAGCAGCAACAGCAACAUCAACAGCAACAGCAACAGCAACAGCGCAUGCAUCAUGCACAUCCUGCCCAUCAGCAUCCACCAAGCAUUGCAGCGCGAAUCCCAGCCAUGGGCCUUCAGAAGGGACAUGGGCAGGGCCAGGGCCAGGGCCAGGGACUGGGACUGGGACAUGGCCAGGGAAUGGGUCUGGGGCCGGGUCAGACAACGAUCCUGCCCGGCAAGCAGCAGCAGCAGCAGCAGCAAAAGAACGAGGAGUCCAAAGUAUUCAUCGACAUACGGAAUUCAGCGCCAGACGUGAUUAUCAUGACGUCCCAUUGACAUUUAAGGAUUGCCCGCCAAUCAACAAGAACAACACCAGCAGUAAGAGAGACUGCAACAGCAACAGCAACAGCAACUGCAACUGCAACAACGACCAACAGGAUCAACAAGAGGAACCACGGGGAGAGGAGCAGCAACUGGACAUUGGCCAACAUAUUAACCGCAGCGACGCUGAUGACACAACACGGACAUGAAGGCGGCAACUCGCAAUCAGCCGGGGGCAGGUCCUGGUCCUGUGCCUCCUCCUCUUUCUGCGCCACCUCCUGCACACAUCCUGUUUGCAUGCUGUGGCACUUUAUUUUUCCGUUCAUUUUCUCGUCUCUCUGUCUUUAAAGUCAGGUGAAUGGGUUCUUUAAGUCAGUUCUUGGAUGGAUGCUCCAGGACUGCUUCAAAAUUUUAAUUCAAUUUGGAACUGGUGUGGUUAUAAACCGGAACCACGUGAAAUUUGUAUUAUUAAGAAAUGUAAUUUAUUUGUUUUUUAUGUCGAAAGGACAUCGGUCAUGGUCACAAGAAUUGUUUCGUCAAUGGUUUGGAAUCGAUAUAAGAAUUAGUUGCGAAUAAGUUAAGAGAAGUAUCUUGAUAGGUUAUUGGUUAC